ACAAAAGUAUUAUACAUGAAACUAAAAAAAGUAUGGAAAAAACAAAAAAACAAUUUCAACUAUUUAUCUUAGUAUGCAAUCAUAAAUUAUUAUAACCAUAUUGGCUUUCAUUAUCUAAAAUGAUUAGUGGCUGAUAUUAUAUCUCUCUUACUAAAAGGUUGGAUAUCGAAUUUAAAUAUUUAAUUCAAUAACUAUAUAUUCUAUAUUCAAUAAUUGCCUAUUUUCAAUUGUAACUUUUUACCUAAAAGAAUUUGUCAUUGGUAUAAAAAAAUGCAAUGAAUUAGUUAUUAUAAAAUGUCAAACCACCUGCUUUUUUAUACAAAUCGCUUAAUGAAAUAUUUGUGGAAACAGAUUUUUAAGUUAAUGUAUAAUACUUUACAUCUUAAAAAAGAUGAUAUACUAUUUCAUCGUAAUACAAUUUUGCAAACACUGGUCAUACAAAGAUGAUGGUAAUUUAAUAUAAUAUGUACUUAACUAUAGUUUUUUACAUGUAUAAUAUUUGACACUGUUAUGACAUACAUUCGUACAGUAGUACCAUGGUAAAUUAUUAUAAGGUAAAAUGCAUUAUAAAUUCUUAAUAUGCGCCAGUUAUUACUUUGGAUUUUUACAGUUGUGUAGGUAAUUUUUAUACAAGAUACUUUGAAUGUAGACAUAUCUUCAUGUAUAAGUUUUCAACAUGAAUAUAGAAAAUCACAUAUGUCUUAUUUUAACAAAAAAUCGGCCAAAUAAUACUCAUAACAAAAGUUUAAUUCUAAAUUGUGCUUAUUUGAACGGUAGUUUGUAUUAAUUAUUUCAGCUAUGAAAACUUAUAAAUAGAUUUCAUAAAGAAGUUAAUAUGUAUAUACAUUCCAAAUCUUGUAAGCAGUGUUAUAUGUUGUAUAUUAAACAUUUCUGGAUUUGUACAUAAUUUAUUCUUAGUCAAUUUUACUAAAUUUCGAUACUAAACAUUAUUUGUUAUGUUAAUUUUUCAAUUCACAUCUUUACUUAAUGUAGUGUUAGGUUCUAAAGAUGUACCUAAUCAAAAAUCAUGAAUAAUUUAAUACAUUGAAUGUGUAUUAUAUGUCUGUUGUAUAGAAUAACAUUUAGUGCAAUGACUUUUUUAUGAAUGUAUAUAAAGAUUAUUCGGAAAUAGUACAAAUAUGUCAUUUUUAUAUACAUUAAUAAAAACUAGGAGUCAUUGAAACUGUUGCAAUGUUAUUCAAAAUUAGUUUGCAAUUGCAAGUAGUUAAAUAAUAUUCGGGUGAUUAAAUUAAUUUUACUUGGGGUAGUUAAUACAUUACUGAAAUAUAGCAUAUGCUUUUCAGUUUAUUUUUACCAAAGUUAUAAGCCAUAAGCAAAGUAAUUAUGAAUAGGGUUUUGCGUUAUUGUCAAUGUAAAAGUGGAUAUAAUUAGAAAUAUGAAAUACCUCGGUAAGAUCUUAAACAUUUAUAAACAAAACUAUGUCUGUAUAAAUACUAGUGAAUAUUUAGCAUAAAUUUAGAUUUGUAUACUGGUUGUGAUCCAUACUAUAACUGUGAAAAGGUAGUUACCAAAUUCUGAUGUACUAGAAAAAAGGCAAAUAAGGUUCUUCCUGUUAUUAUCAAUCAUAUAAAUAGUAUUCAUGUAUACAAUAGCUGUGUCUGUUAAUGGAUUUCUUUAUACAGUUUCAAUGGUCUAGGUCGGUACAUAAAUGGGAAAUAUACAUUGGAGUGCGUUUAAUUGGGGGGAUAGUAAGGAUUAAAUAAUUUUUACAAUCGAGCAUAUAGGAACUGAUAAUUAGUACCUUUUUUAAAACACAUGGUAUGCCAUUGUCUGACUUAGCAAAUUGUUAUUAUUCGUAAUAGUAAAAAUUUCGAAAUCCAAAAAUUAGGUUUGAUAUUGUAAUAAAUUCAUUUUUUGUCUAUAAGUUUAUAGUUAAAAUUAUGGCCGAAUCUUUUUCUAUAAUUAUUUAAAAUUUGUUAGAAUAUAGGAGUGAAAAGACUGAAUUUUAGAAAUGCUCACUACAUAAUAUUUAUUUUUUUGUACAGUUUGUGUUUAGAUUGAAUUAGCAAAGCAAUUUCUGAUGUCCUAUUACAUGAUCUUCAAUAAUGUAAAUACUAAAUUUCAAGAUAAAAUAAUUUUCUAUAUAACUUUACAAAUAUACUAUAUAACAGUCUAUAUGUUUAAAGUUUUGAUAUAUGUUUGAUGUCAUUGAGUGAUAUACUAGAAUUAUAAUAAUUGAUUUGCAGUAAAGCUAAUUUGUAAUGAUAACACAAUCAGACAGAAAGAACUUAUUUUGUUCUUUAUUGUUGAUUAAUUGUACCAUUGAAAAAUUCAAGUGGUAUUAUCAAAUAAGUGAUUUAGUAUUAUAUGUGAAAUUGCUUCCAUAUUUAAUUGUAAGUUGUUCAAGAAUUCUGAAUAUUACACAUGUAUGUAUAGUAUAAAAUUGAUUCUUGAAAAAUCAUUGUUUUAGUGAAAACAUGUUGUUUUAUGAAACUCAAAAUGCAAAUUAGUAUAUAUUAGGUGAAUUUUAGUUUCUUGUAUCAAAUUUAAUGAAAUUGGUCGAUGGUUUCUUUUACUCAGGUAUCUGUUUCUGUACAAUAAGAACAGUCAACACUGUGCAAAUUAGUGCCACAUUAUAAAAAGUAAAUAAGUAUUGAUAUGCAUGGUAGAUAAAAAAAUGAUUAGAAAUAUUGUUACCACUACUCAAUAUGAUUUACGAUAUGUCGUAUAAGGAAUUUAAGUAAUGAUGCUUUUACUUUUGAAAGUGUUUAUACAAAUUUCGUUUAACAUUCAUGUAUCAAUGUUACAAUCGUUCUUUUCUGUUAAUUAAUAUUUCUCAAUCCAGCAAUAUAACAUUAUUUAAUCGAAUUACAUAGAUAUUGCUUAUAUUUGCCAAAGAAUUUAUGUAAACACAUAUAAAAAUUAAAAAGAUUCGAAACAUAAAGCCUCAAUAAAUGAUACAGAAAAAUCACAGGUAUACAAUUAAAGCAAGCAAAUGAUUAAUUGAAUCAUUGUGAUCUUUCUGUUUCAAUUAAUAGAUAUUACAUUCCACAUUAUAGUGAAGAUCCGAAACAUGUAUGUAAUUACUCAAAGAAUAAUUUCUGGUGCUAUUUUUCUGAUGUACUAUCAUCUCUGUAUUACCAAACGAAAACGAAGAAAAGAAAAACAAAAGAAAAAUACUAUGUAAUUAUAUGAUAAAUAUGUAAAUUGUACUAAUCGAGAGGUUCUCGUAACCACUGCCGUUCGAACUAGUUAUUACAAUUACUUUGCUGAAGUAUUCAGAUAAUAAAACAUUGUAAUACUGUUGUUUGCAAAGACCGUGUUGUAUUAUAAUUCAAUAGAAUGAAGUCGAAUUUGGUAAAUUAACGUGAUCUUUCGCAGACGACAGUUUUAAGCAUACGAAGCAGAUGUGUAGAAGAUACAAAGAACAAAACAAAGGAGCAUACACUGCCUUAUUUAUUUUACCAUACAAUUAAUACGUUUUAUUGUCAUUCAUUGUAGCAUAAUAAAUUGAAGUUUCAUAACGUAACGAUAUGUGUUGCGUUUUACUGUCGAGAGGGUAGAUGUCCGUCCUCCUCCUCCACGAAGAUCUCCUCGAAGAUAUCCUCCACGAAGAUUUUUAUACGAAUUUUAAAGGGGUAGAUCUCCCAAAAUGGGCUCGAACGUGUUACCAAUAUAGAAUCAAAAAUCUCAAAAUAAAAUUCAUCAGAGUGGAAAAAAAAGAAGAGUCAAAGUUACUAUUUAAAAAUUUAUACUAUUUCUCAAUUCAGAAGCACGCGAAUGUUGCUUCAAAGCGAACGAGAACGAUUCGUAUGUUUCGUUGUGAAAUCGUAUCGACGACUAGGAAUAAUGAAAUUACAUCGUGAAUCGACUUGAAUCAAUCAAUUUUAUCACCGUUGAAAAAUUCCAGUAAAAUUCACUGGGAAAAUUAUGAAUGAUGCACGUGUAGAGCGAAGAUAACAUUUUUGAGAGUGUAUGGAAAAUUCGUCGGGCAAGUGUGAAAUCCCGUAACAUAAAUGAGAAUACGGUGGACGGGCAUGCAAGAUAAAAGCUCAGAGGGAAGCAUCACGAAAGAUGUCCAGCGCGAAGGAUUUCUCUUGCAUCGGAGGAUUGGAGAAGCACAUCAGGGUGGUGAAGGAAACGGUCCUCUUUCCGCUGAUGUACGGUGACGUUUACGCAAGGUUCAACCUGAAACCUCCUAGGGGCUUGCUGUUUUACGGGCCUCCUGGAACGGGGAAGACAUUGGUAGCCAGUGCUUUGGCUUCUGAGUGCAGCAACUCCGAACGUAAAGUUUCUUUUAUAUCGAGAAAAGGUUCUGAUUGCCUUAGCAAAUGGGUCGGAGAGAGCGAGAAGAAACUUCAGAAAAUCUUCACCCUGGCCCAACAAUCGAAGCCUUGCAUAAUAUUUUUCGACGAAGUCGAUGGAUUAGCACCGGUUCGAUCGAGCCGACAAGACUUUGUCCACGCUAGCAUUGUCUCCACUCUGUUGGCCUUGAUGGACGGCUUGGAUAACAAUUCCGAGAUCAUAGUAAUAGGAGCAACGAACAGAAUCGAUGCUAUAGAUCCAGCUCUGAGAAGACCUGGCCGAUUCGACAGAGAGUUGUAUUUUCCGUUGCCCUGUUACAACGCGAGAAAGGAGAUACUCUCGGUAUCAUUGUUCGUGGAAAAACAAUUUCUAACAUCGAUACGCGUUAAACAACGAGAUUUAUGGCAGGUACACAUCAAGAGUUGGAAGCAAAAGCCACCGCAAAAAUUUUUCUCUUAUCUGGCGUCGAAAACGGUCGGAUUUUGCGGCAGCGAUUUGCAAGCACUUUGCGCCGAGGCAGUUAUGUGUUGCGUACGAAGGAAUUAUCCAGAAAUAUAUACCUCCAAGUCGAGAUAUCAGAUCAACGAUCGACAUCUUAAAGUUGAGAAACAAGAUUUCCUGAAGGCUCGACAGAACAUAGUUCCAGCUUCCCAUCGCGUUUCAAUUGCCCCAAUCAAAUCUUUGUCCUCCAAGAUGCAGCCUUUACUUCAAGACAAUCUAUCACGCAUCCUGUCCCAACUUGAUAUCCUUUGUCCAGUAGGAAUGCUGAUUUGCGACGUCGUCACCGGCAAAGCUGUAUCCAGGUCAACCAGUUGUCCUAGGAUGUUAUUGUGCGGCGAUGAUUGCCAUACUCGUCAUCUGGGACCGGCGCUGCUUCAUACCUUGGAACAUUUACCAUGCCACGUGUUAGACGUGACCACUUUGUUCGAGGAAACAGGAAGGGCUGCGGAGGAAGUGAUUAUUCAGAAGAUGAAGAUGGCUCGACGAAGUUUACCAUCGAUGCUUUACGUUCCUGAUGUCUUAGCUUGGUGGGACUUGGUGGACGAGCCAGCACGUGUUGUUUUUACGUCACUGAUGCAAGGGUUAGAUCGAUCGGUACAUAUGUUAGUUCUGACUACGGCAAACUGUUCUCGAGAAGAUCUACCAGCAGAUGUCGCAAGCUUAUUCAAUGAAUAUCAAGGCGAAGUAUUAGAAAUAUUACCUCCCGCAGAACAGCAGCGUGAACUAUUCUUUAAACAAUUAUUUGUUCAUUCGUCUGAUAUAGAAUCAAAUCGAUCCUCCCAAGCGGAUUUAGAACAAUUUACGAAUAUAAAGAAGGCCAAAGAGGUAGGGAGGAGAAGGAGAUUAACGAAUCGAACCGACCCGAACGAAAAUUCUUUAUCGCAAGAGGUAUCAUCGUCGAGGAGAAACAAAAUGGAGUCGAAAACUCGCAGCAAGCUUUACACCGUCCGAUCGGCUCAAUUGAUGGCAACAUCAAAAUCAAAAAUUAACGUUAAAAGGAAAAUCAGUGCGUCAGGUGAAGGUCCGCCGUCCAAACGUUUGAAGAACACAUCCCCGACGAAUUUGUCCGCAUCGAGUAGCGAAAAGCUAACAGAUUCUCAAACGGAAGAAUUGCUUCAGAAAAUGACUAUGAUAACAGAAUCGUGGCCUUGUCACGAUCUGGAAAGUCUCUUUGCGUCUCUCGAAGCAACUUUGGAAAGAAACGAGGAAGAUUUGUGUACAGCAAUGGAGAAAUGUUUGGAGCAAUUCACAGAACUGAGAAGGAUAAAAGUACACGUGAAGAAAGAACAAGACGAUGAUGACGAUGAUUGAAUUUCGGUUAGAGAGAAAAGGAAUUUCUCAAACAACGUAAACUCUCAUUCAGUAAUCUGCAAUUCCGUGUAAAUCGUGCCACUAAAGACCUGUGUAUUUUAAUUUGAUUGAUCAUUUUUUAUAUUGAUAAGAUUUAUCGAAGGUACACAUACAUAUACAUCAAGAUAUAAUCUGAUAUCAAAACUUCCUGUUCACAAUGGUUGCACAACAAAGAAAGUGUUCACCUUUGUGUGGUUUUAGCGUCGAAUUACUUUCUCUGAUGCGAAAGUGUCCCUUAACAAAAUAAAAUAUACUACUAUA